AUGAAGGCGUCCAUGGAUGCCCGUUCCAAGCCUGACAGCUGGAGCUACUCAUCAAUGGUGACGCUGUAUUCAUCCACUGCCAAUGUCCUGGGUGCAGAGGGCAUACUGAAUGAAAUGGUGGAGGCCGGCUUCAAGCCAAAUAUCUUUGUCCUGACCUCACUCAUCCGAUGCUAUGGCAAGGUGGGGCGCACUGACGAUGUGGUCAGGUCAUUUGGCAUGCUCCAGGACCUCGGUAUCAUCCCCGAUGACAGAUUCUGUGGCUGCCUUCUCAGUGUGGCGGUGAACACACCAGCGGAAGAACUGGGCAAGGUGAUCAGCUGCAUUGAGACGAGCAAUGCCCAGCUUGGUGCCGUGGUAAAGCUCCUGUUGGACAGGAGCUCAUCCCCUGAAUCUUUCAGAGAAGCAGCCAGUGAACUGCUGGGCAGCUCCCGCGGCGUGGUGAAGAUGCCUUACUGCAACUGUCUGAUGGACUUAUGCGUGAACCUGAACCAGAUAGAUAAGGCCUGCGUGCUCCUGGACGCCGCACAGCAACUCGGCAUCUACACCAACAUCCAGACGAGGACCCAGACGCAGUGGUCGCUACACCUCAGGGGCCUCUCCGUUGGCGCGGCACUGACCACGUUGCACGUCUGGAUUAACGAUCUGUAUACGUCGCUGCAGAGCAGCGGUGAGGGGCUGCCGCCGCUGCUUGGAAUCCACACGGGGCAGGGGAAGAAUACGUACACGGACAGAGGGCUGGCUGUCAUGUUCGAGGCGCAUCUGAAGGAGCUUGACGCGCCGUUCCACGAGGCACCCGACAAGGCCGGCUGA